CUGCUCUGCUCGGGAGCAAAAACGCGUACAAUUUUUCAACCGCAUUUCAGUUGCUCGAAAAACUUUGCACGGAACAAAAGCACAAAUCGCACGCGGCAGAAACAGACCAACAAAUAAAAAGCACAGCUAAUAAACCACCAAACAAACAUGUCGCAUACGCCACUGAAGCGACUGAGUGGCAGCCUGGUUGUGGUCCUGCUGCUCCUGGCCCUAACCGCAGAUGAUGUGCAGGGCAAGCGCUGGUUUGGCGGCGGCGGCAGCAAGAGCCGCAGCUCCAGUUCCAGCAGCUACUCGCCGCGACGCACUUCCUCCUCCUCAUCCACGUCGCAUUCACACGCGAAUCCCUCGUACUCGCACUCGGACAUCAGUCGCCUGAGCUAUGGCGGCGGCACCCAAUCGCAGCCCAGUAAAGUGAGCAUGGGUCAGUCCCAGGCAAGUCACAGCUCCGCACCGAUUGGAUGGAAUGUGCCCAAGGCACAGGGUCCGCCGCCCGCAUACUCCGCCAGCAAUCCGGCCGGCGGAGCACACACCAACAUCCACGAGCGUCCGCCUGCAUACAAUCCGGCCUACAAGCCGGCAGCACCGCCCAGCUACGCGGCGGCCACCAACACCCACAGCAACAGUCCCAGCAGCAGCAGCUACAACGCAAAUUCCCGACCAGCAGGAGCAGCCACCGGAGCUGGAGCUGGAGCUGGCGCUGGAGCGGCUAGCUCCCACUACACACCCGCAUCGAAUUAUAGACCCAGAGCGAACUCCACGGGCGGUGGCUUUGGCAGCGGCUAUCACACACCCAUCUCGGCCAGCAGUGCGCACAAUGUGCAGUCCAGCUAUCCGCGUCAGCAGGGACAAGUGCCACAAGGAGCCACCUACUAUCCGGCAGGACAAGUGCCCGCGGGCGCCACCUACCAUCCGGCAGGACAAGUGCCGGCGGGAGCAUCGUAUCACCCGGCUGGGCAGGUGCCGCAUGGCGCCACCUACUAUCCGGCAGGACAGGUGCCAGCGGGCGCCAGCUAUCAUCCGGCAGGCCAAUAUCCUGCGGGUGGCAGCUAUCAUCCGGCAGGUGCCACUUACCACAGUCCCGGACAGAUUCCCCAAGGAGCCACCUACUAUCCGCAGGCACCCAUGGGCGGUGGCCUGCCGCCGGGUGCCACCUUCCUGCCCGCAGGUGGAGCCCUGCCCGCUGGUGCCACCUACUACCCACAGGCGCCACAAAAGUCUGGCUCAGGUUUCGGAUUGGGCACUGGCCUCAUUGCUGGCGCUCUGGGCGGUGCCAUUCUGGGUCACGCCCUGACGCCCACUCAAACGAGAGUCGUGGAGCAUGCCCCUUCAUACUCGGGCGGUGGCGGCGGCGGCGGCGGCGGCGGUGGCGAGGACAAGAUCAUUAUUAUCAACAACGGACCACCGGGAUCCGUGACCACCAGCGAAGUGGGAUCGGGCACAACGGUCAUCAACGCGGGAGGAGUGCAGCAACCAGCCGGUUAUGCCGCGCAGCCAGCGGCUCCGUUUGCACCUGCACCACAGGUACCGGGCGGCGCACCAUUGGCGCCGUUAGCUCCGAUAGCUGCAGCACCACAGGCACAAGCAAUUCCUGGAGCAACAGCUGCUGAUCCGACUGCCGCUGUGGCUGCUGUUGCCGCUCCCGCUCUCGCUGCUGCUGGAGCACAGCCGGCAGCUGCGGCUGAUCCAAAUGUGCCCGCUCCGCCCGCUGAUCCCAAUGCACCACCUGCUGCUGGUGGAAUCAUCUGCGUGCCAGUGAAGGUGCCCGAACCGGAUCCAACUGAUGCCACAAAGACCAUUGAAGUGGAGAAGAUCGCCUGCUAUCCAGCACCGCCGCCAGAAGCGGCGCCUGUGAAUGGAACGGCUCCUGCUGUCGAGGGUGCAGUGCCUGCCCCAGCUUCCGUCUCCAAUGUGGCAGCCGCAGUUACCCAAUCGCCCGACGGCGCUCAUCUUGCACCAUUCCAGCCGACGACGCCCUUCACCGUGCCCGAGGGCUCGGUGCCAUUGGCUCCGCUUACGCCGGGCGCCAAUCCCGAUAUCAUGAAGAUGCCGGGCCUCACAUCGGCUCGUCUCUCCGCAGAGUCCGGACUGAAGGAUGCGCACAAUGUGGCGGACAAUUCCUUCACGCACUUCAGUCUCGUCUCGACGCUGAUGACCCUCCUGGUGGCCUACUGUCUCCACUAAGGGAUCCACAGGGGGGGGCAAACCGAAAAGCUUUUCCCUAAAUUAUUGCCAGACUAUCGGACACGAGCUGUGCCUUCCCAUAUAUGUAUCUAACCCCCCCAACAGUCGGUUCUCUUUAUAUACUUUGUAAACAAAUCGAAUUUUUGAUAUAUACUCGUACGCGUAGUUCUGUUAGACCUCAAGUAAACCACCAAUAAAAGUAUCCUAAACAGGAA